UGUUUUCCGCCAGGGGCGGGGAGCGCCUCCCCGGGGCCGUGCGCUCCCAGCGCCGCCCGUCUGCGCGGCGGCUUCGCUCCAGCAUCCUUCCCGGGGGUCCCUCCGCCUCUGCUCCUGCAUCCUUCGCGAGAUAGCAUCCUUCCCCGAGGGUCCCUCCGGUUCCGCCUUGGCACCCUUCCCUAUUCCCCUCACCCGCGUCACCCCGAGAGGACCGCAGCCCAGCCAAGCCCGAGCCUGCGCGUCCAGGACGCGGAUCUGGGACGAGAUGGCCGCAGGCGGCCGCCGCCGGGUGUCCGAGCCCCGCGUCCUCCUGUGCCUCGGGGCGCUGCUGGCCCGCUGGGUCUCCGCAGGUUUGGAGGCUGUGGUCAUCGGUGAAGUUCACGAGAGCAUUACUCUGUACUGUGGCAACGUCUCAGGCCCCAGGGGCCUGGUGACUUGGUACCGGACCGGCUCAGAGGAGCAGGUCUUCCUGCUGUCCUCCAACUCCAGCCUGCCACCAGCUGCAUCGCGCUUCUCUCUCGUGGAUGCCAGUGCCCUGCACGUGGAUGCCCUGAGCCUGCAGGAUGAGGGCAACUACACCUGUGAGGAGGUGCUGAACGGGACGCGCUACUUCCCCGUGUGGCUACGUGUGGCCAGUGGCCCCUACUACGUUGCCGUGAACAUCUCCUCCACCGGCUCCCUCGCCAACGGCACCCGGUACGCCGCCAAGGGGUCCCAGGUGGACUUCAGCUGCAGCAGCGCUGCCCGGCCCCCGCCCCUGCUGGAAUGGCGCUUCCAGGCCCCUUCCAGCUCCGAGCCCUUUGGCAACAACCUGACGGUCAACUCCUUCUCGCUGCUGCUCAUGUCGCACAACCUCCAGGGCAACUACACCUGUUCCGCCACGAACGUGCUCAGUGGGAGACAGCGAAAGGUGACCACCGAGCUCCUGGUCUACUGGUCCCCUCCGGCAGCUCCUCGGUGCUCAGUGGAGGCAUCAUCGGGACCAUCCACUCUGCAGGUCGCCUGUCGCUGGGAUGGGGGAUACCCAGACCCGGACUUCCUGUGGACGGAAGAGCCAGGAGGGUUGAUCAUGGGGAAUUCAAAGCUGGGGGUGCAAACGCUAAACCAGUCACAGCUGAUGGAUGGCAAGACGUUCAAGUGCGUUGGGAGCCACAUAGUGGGUCCCCAGUCAGGAGCCAGCUGCGUGGUUCAACUCAGGAGCCCCUCGCUUCUCACUGAGCCCAUGAAAACUUGCUUUGUGGGGGGCAAUGUGACACUCACCUGCCAAGUAUCUGGAGCCUACCCCUCUGCCAAGAUCGAGUGGCUGAGAGACUUCACCCAUCCCAAGUCAGUCAUCCAGUCCAGCAGCCACCAUCUCAUUGGCCAGAACGGUCCCAACUCCACCCUCACCAUCCUCAACUGCUCCCAGGACCUGGAUGAGGGCUACUAUGUCUGCCGGGCUGAGAAUGCCGUGGGCAUGCGGGAAGUGGACAUCUGGCUGAGUGUGAAAGAGCCUCUAAACAUUGGGAGCAUUGUGGGGACCAUCAUUAGCCUCCUUCUACUAGGACUGGCGAUUAUCUCCGGACUCUUGUUGUAUUACAGCCCUGUGUUCUGCUGGAAAGGAAGCACUUUCAGGAGACAAGACAUGGGUGAUGUCAUGGUUUUGGUGGAUGAGGAAGAGGAAGAGGCGGAGGAGGAAGAUGCUGCUUCAGAAGAGGCAGAGGCGGAGCAGGAGACAGAUGACAGAGAGGAGUUGCCGAGAGAGAUUCACAAGCAUGGCCACGUUCACAGAGUGACUGCACUGGUCAAUGGGAAUUUAGAGCAGAUGAGCAAUGGCCUCCAGGAUCUACUAGAUGACAACAGUGAACAUCACAGUGACAUUGUUGACUUGGAAGACAAGCCAAUUUGAUGAAGAGGAUGGUGCACUGUUAUCUUGCCUUAUAAGCUUGGCUGAAGACAAGUUUGUCUUUCGGUUUUGAUGUGACCCACCACCAUCCGAGAGCUUGCGUUAGCAACUGCUGGGUUUUCCUGCAAAGAGGCACACACGCCUUCCUUCCGUCUUCUCUCGCUGCUUUUCUUUACUGUAAGUCUUCAACAGUGUUCACACGCUUCGGGAAGGAGCAGCGAGUGUGUGGGAGAAGUUGCGAUGGGCACUUGAGGUGCCACUUUGCUAGGACUCUUGGCUUGUUCCAGGUUGACUUACUGUGACAGAUAGUGAUUUUGGAGGAGCACAAGGCAGAGGGAGGGCACUCGGUAGGGGGUGCCCUGUGCCACUAUUCGAGGUUUCCAGCGAGCUUGCUCCAACAGGAAAGGGAAUCUUGCGGGCAAAUGGGGAGACUUCCUUUAUUGCUGCUCGGGUGAACUUUCCCAGCUACCAGUGGAAGGCAGUUUGGGAGUCUGAACACUAGGCUUGAAUCUGAGCCCCUGUCCUUCCUGAGCCUGUUUUCCUAUCAGUAAAGUAGGUGAAAUUGCCCCUACCAUCUAUGCUCCUGAGAAUUAAAUACAUGAGGUAGUUUGGGGUGUCUAGGGAGGUGCCCAGCAGGUUUCCCUGACCUUCACCUUCUCUGGUGGAAUUUUUAAAAAAAGUUUCAUCAUAAAAGAAGCUGCUGUUCUUUAACAGGGCCUUACUCUUUGUCGAUUAGCUUUCUGUGAGGACUGUGUCAGUCCCCCUCACCGCCCCUCUCCCCCCCUCCCACAAUUCUUUUCCCCUGGAGAUAGAAUUCUUUUUCAUAAGCAAUAAGAACUGAUACGAGGAAGUGCCUUUCAUUAACCUCACAUUCUGCAGAGCUACAAUAUUUAUAUAAAAACCCAAGUGGUGGGUCUAGUUUCAGCUUUUCUCAUUCCUCGGUUCUGUCGCUUUGCAAGGAGGCCAGGGGAAACAUUAUAUGAUGCAGAGCCUGGUGAGAAGAGCUCUGAGGAUGGAACAGCCCACUUGGCUGUUUCUCUGUCUGGGAACGGGAGAAUGUUCUUUCUCCUUACUUCUACUAACAAGUUCUCAAUAACACUGUUCAAAUGAAAAUCACGUGAUGAGUUUGGUUGCUAACACUUGAGAUUUUUUUUUCCUGGUUUCAUUCAGUAGAUUUCUUAAAGUCAGGGAUUUUUUUUUAAGGGUGCAAUAGAGAUGUGUGCUAAACAUGAAAAUCUGACUUGAAAAAUUGCACUCUUUGGCCGGGCGUGGUGGCGCACGCCUUUAAUCCCAGCACUCGGGAGGCAGAGGUAGGAGGAUCACCAUCAGUUCGAGGCCACCCUGAGACUACAUAGUAAAUUCC